AUAAGUCACCACAUACAAAAUGAACAUCCCAAAAUAAAUAAACUCCCAAAAUCCAACUUUUCAGAUGAGUUUUUUGGUGGGAAGAUUAGCCGCUGGAAAAGAAGGCGCUUACUUUUUACAAGAAUCCAAACACGCCGUCGCUCGUCUCGCCGAGAAAACCAACAAACCCACAACCGCCGCUACCACUCCGGCGCCCACAGUUCUUGAAACUGAUGCCGACAUCUUACCGGAGAUAUUAAAGCAUAAUUUACCGUCCAAGAUUUUCCGGCCACCGUCAGAGUCAACUUUGUCAGCUGGGUCAAAGUGGGUGAUUCAGUCUGAUGAAUAUAAUGGUUUAUCUUCUGUAUCUCGUGAUGCUAUAAACCCUCUUAGAGCUUAUGUCUCACUUCCUCAAGUCACUUUUGGACCCAAAAGAUGGCAGCUGCCUAAUUCAGAUAACUCUUUUUCAGCUUCAACCGCAAAUGAAAUGCGUACUGAUAAGUACACUCCAAUUGAUUCUGAGAAGUUGAAGGCUGCAGCUGUUGGAUUAUCACAAAUUGCAAAAGCAUUUGCUGCUGCUACUGCUCUUGUCUUUGGCGGAGCCACACUGACUAUUGGAUUUGCAGUCUCACAACUUGAGCUUCAUAAUACUGACGAUAUAAGAACCAAAGGAAAAGAUAUCGUUCAGCCGAAGUUUGAAUCAAUCAAGGAACAAGUUGCCCCUUUGAGAACUUGGGCAGAAGAUGUUGCUAAGAAAUGGCAUAUGGAGAAAAAGGAAGACAUCAAUGAGAAGCCUCUGAUUAAGGAGCUAUCAAGAAUGUUGGCUGCCAAAAAGUCUACCUAAACGAUAAGUAAAAGUUCAACAUAGGUCUUCUAGCUUGGUUUGUUUUCUGUGUUGUUAUAUACAUCGAUCUAUGGUGGUUGUUGUAAGUAUAAGUAUAGUGAAUAAUGCCGUUAAUCUUGUACUAAAAGUUUAUAGAUUCAUAUAUAAAUACAUGUUUUACACUUCUAAGACCUGAAA